UACAGAGUAACAAGUUAGGCAGCUAAGAAAACAAACUACAGUUAGUUUUUUGUUUAGAACAAAAAAGAGAAAGAACCUACAUAAUAGACUAUUCACCCAAUAAUAUUAGUGAUAUCUAGCUGAUAGUCUCACUUGAUCUUAUUCUAUUAACCAACCUUGUUACUAAUAAUUUAAAUUUCCUUGUUGAUUAAUUAAACACUUAAUCCAGCUUGAUCAACAAGAAAUUCAAGGGAGUGGGGGGAGAGGAAGAAGGCCAAAGUCAAACCUAUAGACGCACAAAGUUUCUCCUUUCACAACUUGCUUGUCUAUAAAUAUAAGCACAAUUAGGUGCAUUUUUUCAACAACCAUAUUCCAUAACUACUCUAAAAACAAGCAAUUCAAUUACCCAAAACCAUAUCCCACAUCAAAAUUAGCAUCAAAUCAACACACAUUCCAAGAAAAAAACAAAAACAAAACAAAAUGAGUUCUAAAAAGAUUAUUACAUGGGACACCAUUUUACCUAGUUGCUUGAAACCAAAAAGAUCACAAUCAAAACCUAAACUCAUAACAAGAACUAAAUCUAUUCCUCAAAGAGUAGUACCAAGUUCUCCACAAAGACUAUCCAUCUCAGACAUUAGCAACCCGAAUUCGGAGAUCUCGAUCAACGAUCUUUCGAGCUCGUUGAUCGGGUCAAAUCUUCAAGUAUUUACAGUUGAUGAACUCAGGAUCAUCUCUAACAACUUCUCUUAUACCAGCAACUUCAUUGGAGAAGGCGGUUUCGGAGCGGUUUAUAAAGGGUUUAUUGAUGAUAAGCUUAGACCCGGGUUAAAAGCUCAAACUGUUGCUAUUAAGGUCUUGGAUUUGGAAGGUUCUCAAGGUCAUAGAGAAUGGCUGGCUGAAGUUAUAUUUCUUGGUCAGUUGAGGCAUCCUCAUUUGGUGAAAUUGAUUGGAUAUUGCUGUGAAAAUGAACAAAGAGUUCUUGUUUAUGAAUAUAUGGCUAGAGGCAAUUUGGACAACCAAUUAUUCAGAAGGUGCUCUGUUGCCUUACCAUGGUUAACAAGGAUGAAAAUCGCGCUCGGGGCUGCUAAAGGCCUUGCAUUCCUACAUGAAGCUAAUAAGCCUGUGAUUUUGAGGGAUUUCAAGGCUGCAAAUAUACUCUUAGAUUCUAAUUUCAAAGCAAAGCUGUCAGAUUUUGGGUAUGCAAGAGAUGGACCAGAAGGAGAUAAAAGCCAUGUAACUACUGAACACAUUCUUGGCACCAAAGGCUAUGUUGCACCAGAAUAUGUCAUGACAGGUCAUUUGACAACGAUGAGUGACGUAUACAGUUUUGGGGUUGUUCUUCUAGAGUUAUUGACCGGAAAAAGAUGCAUGGACAAGAUUCGUCCUAGAAGAGAGCAUUGCCUAGUGGAAUGGGCUAGGCCACUCCUUAAGGAUCCACGAAAACUCGAUAUAAUCAUGGACCCAAGGCUCGAGGGUCAAUACUCGGUUCAAGGGGCGAAAAUAACCACUAUGUUAGCCUAUCAAUGCCUAAGCCACAACCCCAAAUCGCGGCCUACUAUGGGUUUAGUGGUUAAGACUUUGGAGCCACUAUUGGAAAUGAACGACAUUCCGAGCCAUUUCGUGUACGUUGUACCAAAAGAUGGGGAAAAGAAAGAGUACGUAAACCAAGUUAAAGAAAGGAAAAAUAGAGAUGGAAAUAGAGUGAGACACAACAAUUUACAUAGGAGGCUUGUUAAUGAUACGGAUUCCCCUGGUUUCCAUAGAUGAAGAAUACGUAGCACUUUCUAUUCGAGCAUAAUAUGUACAUACAUACAAACUACAAAGGUGUUAAAUUUUUUUUUUUAAAAAAAGAAAAAAAAAUAGUGUGGAGUUUAAUUUUGACUAGCAGCUUAAAGAACAUACUCUUUAAGAAAGAUAAGUAAUGUAAAUAGUGAAUACUGUAUGGUUAAAAAACGGCUUAAGCUUAUAUUUCUUUAAAACUUUUAUCAAAGAGAAAUAUGAAAAGUGAUGUACAAUUUUUAUGAUUUUAUAU